AUGCGUUGUCGCCACGGUAUUCAGCACAGCAGUCGGCACGCAAACAUUGCGCCUCACCCCUGCGAGCGAACAUGCGAGGAUGACGAAGACCCGAUUGCAAGGUUGGAGGGAGCGCACACCACGUGCUGGCCUUUCAGGAGACUCAAGGUGACCACCAGGGUGUUCCAGUCGGAGUCUAUUGAGCAGAGAUACGGGCGCAAUCUCAAAGGCGUGCACCGGCGGCACGAAGGAGGAUCGCUUCGGGGCACGGUCGACCACGACGCGAGAAGACACCUUGGCCUGCGUCAGGGUUUGGGUGUGGAGGGGUGGGGAGGCGCCUGA